GCGAUCCUCUCUCGCCGCUACAUCGACCCUUAACUCACGGUUCCUAUCCUGCCUUGGGCCCCUCCUUGGUUUCCCCGCCUCCCCCUCUUUUCGCUUUACGUCAACGCCAUGGCCACAACACCAGCCGGUCGCAUGCUGUCACGUCAGCUGUCGCAGAUGCAAUCCGAUAAGGACAUCCCCGGAAUCAGCUGCGGAUUGGUCGAUAACAAUGUUUUCGAGUGGGAGGUGAUGCUCAUGAUCUCGGAUGAUGUCAAGCUGUACGGCGGUGGCUUCUUUCGGGCUCGGCUCUCAUUCCCCAUGGACUACCCUCACAUGCCGCCAAAGAUGAAGUUCGAGACUCCCUUGUUCCACCCGAACAUCUACCCCAACGGCGACGUCUGCAUCUCUAUCCUCCACCCACCGGAGGAGGAUAAGUACGGCUACGAAUCCGCCGCCGAGCGCUGGUCCCCCGUGCAAACCCCCGAGACCAUUCUUCUGUCGGUCAUCUCCAUGCUGUCCAGCCCUAACGAUGAGAGUCCCGCCAAUGUUGAGGCGGCACGGUUAUGGCGCGAGAACCCUCAGGAGUUCAAGAAGCGGGUGCGCAAGUGCGUCCGCGACAGUCUCGGUGAGGAGUAAAUGAACAGCAGAGGUUGUGGUUUGGUCGGUUCGUUCAAUCUGUAGGUAGGGGGUUUAUCUUUCUCGCAUGUCAUGCAUUGCGCGGGAGCGUCAUGGCGCAGUAAAUGGUUUUUCUAUUUGUGGAUCGCGUGGUAACUGUCUUUUCUCUGUGAUUACAUCUUGGCAUUAUCGUUGCGAUUCUGUUCUGUUCGCGUUUGGAUUUGACAGCUGGAAAUGGGGAAGCUGUUCUCGUUGGCAUUUAUGGUUCUGAUUUAUGGUUAUUAUGUGAUGGGUAGCGGAAUAGAGUUUUGGUGAGG